AUGGUCUCUGUAGAACAAGUCUCUAACAUGUUCGACACUAUCUUAGUGUUGGACUUCGGUUCUCAAUAUUCUCACUUAAUUACAAGAAGAUUAAGAGAAUUCAAUGUCUAUGCUGAAAUGCUACCAUGUACUCAAAAGAUUUCUGAAUUAGGUUGGACUCCAAAGGGUGUUAUCUUGUCUGGUGGUCCAUACUCCGUCUAUGCUGAAGAUGCUCCUCACGUUGACCAUGCUGUUUUUGAUUUAAACGUCCCAAUCUUGGGUAUCUGUUACGGUAUGCAAGAAUUAGCUUGGAUUAACGGUAAGCAAGUUGGUAGAGGUGAAAAGAGAGAAUAUGGACCUGCCACUUUGAAUGUUUUAACCAAAGACGAUCCAUUAUUCCAAGGUGUCGACAACUCCAGAGUUUGGAUGUCUCAUGGUGAUAAAUUGCAUGGGUUACCAACCAACUUCAAAGUUAUUGCUACUUCUGAUAACUCUCCAUACUGUGGUGUCGUUCACGAAACUAAACCAAUUUAUGGUAUUCAAUUCCACCCUGAAGUUACCCAUUCUACUUUAGGUAAGGUUUUAUUGAAGAACUUCGCUGUUAACUUAUGUAAAACUAAACAAAAUUGGACUAUGGAAAACUUCAUUGAUUCAGAAAUUCAAAGAAUCAGAGAUUUAGUUGGUCCAACUGCUGAAGUUAUUGGUGCCGUCUCUGGUGGUGUUGACUCCACUGUCGCUUCCAAAUUGAUGACUGAAGCUAUCGGUGACAGAUUCCAUGCCAUUUUAGUCGACAACGGUGUUUUAAGAUUAGACGAAGCCAAGAAUGUCAAGAAAACUUUAGUUGAUGGUUUAGGUAUCAAUUUGAAAGUUGUAGAUGCUUCUGAAGAAUUUUUGUCUAAAUUGAAAGGUGUUACUGAUCCAGAACAAAAGAGAAAAAUCAUUGGUCACACUUUUAUUCAUGUUUUUGAAAGAGAAGCUGCUUUAAUUAAACCAAAAGAUGGUCAAGAAAUUAAAUUUUUAUUACAAGGUACUUUAUACCCAGAUGUCAUUGAAUCCAUCUCAUUUAAAGGUCCUUCUCAAACUAUCAAGACUCAUCACAACGUAGGUGGGUUAUUAGACGACAUGAAACUACAAUUGAUUGAACCAUUAAGAGAAUUGUUUAAAGAUGAAGUCAGACACUUAGGUGAAUUAUUGGGAAUUUCUCACGAAUUAGUCUGGAGACAUCCUUUCCCAGGUCCAGGUAUUGCUAUUCGUGUUUUAGGUGAAGUCACAAAGGAACAAGUUGCUAUCGCAAGACAUGCGGAUUCUAUCUACAUUGAAGAAAUUAGAAAACAUGGCUUGUAUGACAAGAUUUCUCAAGCCUUUGCUUGUUUAUUACCUGUCAAGACUGUCGGUGUCCAAGGUGAUAACAGAGUCUAUGACCAAGUCAUUGCUUUAAGAGCUAUCGAAACUACUGAUUUUAUGACUUGUGAUUGGUUCCCAUUCGAUCACGCUUUCUUAAAGAAGGUUUCUUCAAGAAUCGUUAAUGAAGUUGAUGGUGUAGCUAGAGUUGUCUAUGAUAUCACUUCUAAACCACCUGCCACUGUAGAAUGGGAAUAA